AUGAGAGCGAAGAUUUCCGGAAGCUUGCAGAAAGGGAGAUCACCUCCUGUGAAGAAGAGGUAGCUGAACUGAAACACCAGAUAGUGUUGCUUUUGAUUCCUGCAGAAGAAACAGACAAGAGUGAUCUUGUCAUGGAAGUAACUGCUGGAGUUGGAGGGCAGGAAGCCAUGCUGUUCACCUCGGAGAUAUUUGAUAUGUAUCAACGCUAUGCUGCCUAUAAAAAGUGGAAAUUUGAAGUAUUAGAAUACUUCCCCAGUGAAAUAGGUGGCCUAAGACAUGCGGUUGCCAGUAUAGCCGGCCUUGAGGCUUACAAGUACAUGAAAUUUGAAGGAGGAGUGCAUCGUGUUCAGCGGGUGCCAAAGACAGAAAAACAAGGACGAAUUCACACCAGCACAAUGACUGUUGCAAUAUUACCCCAACCCACUGAGAUGAGGCUGCAAAUUAAUCCGAAAGAUCUACGAAUAGAAACAAAGCGAGCUAGUGGAGCUGGAGGCCAGCAUGUCAAUACCACAGACAGUGCUGUACGAAUACUUCAUAUUCCAACAGGGAUCAUGUCUGAAUGUCAGCAAGAAAGAUCUCAGAUUAGAAACAAAGAGAAGGCUAUGCAAAUGCUAUGUGCUAAACUGUACAACGCCAAACUGGAAGAAGAAACCAAAAAGAGAAACAGCGUUCGAAAGAUUCAAAUUGGGACUAAAGGAAGAUCGGAGAAGAUCAGAACAUACAACUUUCCGCAGGACCGGAUUACUGACCACAGGAUAAGCAGAUCAGUGCAUCAUAUUGAGAGUUUCAUGCUAGGGGAAGAAAUGCUAGAUGAAAUGAUACAAACUCUGAGAGAAUAUGCUGACUAUGAAUCUUUAAUGGAAAUUAUUGCAGAAAAUGAAAAAAGCAAUCUAUCCUGAACGUUGCUUUUUGUCAGUCCAUUACAACAGAUGUAGACACUUGUCUGCAAAGGAACUUCUCGGUGCAUCACCCAGAAAAUGCAACUGCUUUUCGGAUCGUGAAGGACACCAGUACUUGUUUCCUCAUGACCGAUACACAGUUUUCUUGCUCGCUGAGUAAAA